GUCACGAAUUAGAGAACGCUCAGUACAAAUCAAACGCUCGCGAAGAUUGGACUGUAUUUUCAACGCGUUGUGUUCAGUUAUUUCCAUACUACUUAAUCAUUGUACCUUCGAUAAGGAAAACGCGAAAACUACAACAUGUUGGAGUUUAUCAAAAUAAGUGUAACAUUUUUAGUGGCCUUGGUGAAGUUCAUAAUAUCCAACCAGUUGCUUAAAUUGUUCCCUCCAUCGUUGCGACCGAUUGUCGAAGUACGACAGGGAAAACUUCGUGGCGCGACAUCAACAUUGCCCAAUGGUUCUCCUUAUCACUACUUUAAAGGUGUGCCCUACGCUAAACCGCCGGUAGGAGAGUUACGUUUUCAGGCACCCGUCGCUAUUGAAAAGUUCUAUAAACCCGUGGUAGAUUGUCUGGUCGAAAGAAGUGUUUGUAUCCAACCAAUAAUUGGGAAGUUUGUGGUAGGAAAAGAAAAUGGAUUGUUCCUCAACAUUUAUACACCAAAACUACCGACGAACGAUCAGAGUGAUUCGAUGCUGCCUGUCAUGAUUUGGAUUCAUGGGGGUGGAUUCAUUAGCGGAUCAGCUGAUAGUUUUAUAUAUGAUCCAGUUUAUCUAGUUCAAGAAGGGGUAAUUGUGGUUACAAUGAACUACAGACUUGGGGCUCUUGGAUUUCUCAGCAUGCCUUCUGUUGGGAUUACUGGUAACGCUGGAUUGAAAGAUCAGCUACUAGUGUUCAAAUGGGUGAACGAAAAUAUUGUACACUUCGGCGGAAAUCCAGCCAAUGUCACUAUCUUUGGUGAGAGUGCCGGCAGCAUGUCAGCUUAUUUGCACUAUUUAUCUCCUAACUCCAGAAAACAUUUUCACCGUGUAAUAUGCCAGAGUGGGGUAGCUUGUUCUGAAUCAUUCUUUCAAUCAGACGGUAACGAUAGAGCCUUGCGCUUGGCGAAAAGUCUUGGGUACGAAGGGAACGAUCUUCAAAUAGCGUUAGAGACACUCAGAAAAGCCCCAGUUCGUCUACUGAUCAAGCACCAAAACAAAGUGCUAAAUGAACGCGAAAAACGGCUUGUCUUGCGAAUACCCUUUCUACCAGUGAUAGAGAAAAAAAUGACCGAAGAUAGUAUUAUUACAGAGCUGCCCGAGCAAAUACUAAAGAAUUGGGACACCAUCAGAAUGCCAAUCAUUAACGGAUGUACCGAUGGUGAAGGAAUUCUCGGAUUACGAAUGAUUCUAAACCGAUUGGAGCAGUUUGAUCAGGAACCAGAACGACUGGUUCCACAACUCAUGGGAGAGCUGUCGGAAUCGGACAGAAGAUUUAUUGGACAUGAAGUAAAACAGUUUUACUUCAGCGGCAGGAAAAUCAAUGAGAAUACCAUGAAUGAGAUGUGUGAUCUUCUGUCCGACAAUACGUUUAUCACGAACUCGGUCGUGAGUGCUGAAUGGAUCGCGAUACAUCAACCGAAUGUAAAACAGUAUCACUAUAGAUUUGUGUAUCAAGGCAAAUUGGGCAUUACGAAAAAGUUAUUUAAUCUUGGUCAUGUGUCGGGAGUCUCCCACGGCGAUGAUAUUUUUUAUUUGUUCAGAUCAAGGAUGCUACCACAUGUUAGCGAUGCAAGCGAUGAAUGUCGCGUGCGAAAUAUUUUUGUACGAUUGUGGACUAAUUUUGCGAAGUAUGAUGAUCCAACUCCGAAUGAGGAUGAUCCUUUGUUGCCGUGCAAGUGGGCUAAAGUAAUGACUGUUAACAAAACAAAUAGUCAGUUUGAUCUCGAUUCCCUGGAAAUAAACUGUAAACCGACAAUGGUUCGAAAUCCUUGCGGUCGACGGCUUGAACUCUGGAGGAACAUUCUUCAGAAAUAUAGGAGAGACUUUCUGUGAAAACUUACCCCUAUGUCAAUAAUUACUGGAGCUGAAACAAAAGCUAUUGGAAGACUGAUACACACUUUGUCCCAAAGUAAACCGAAAUAGAUAAAAAC